CCGCCCGGCGCUGGCGCCGCCCGCAGCUCCCGCCGCCGCUGCCUAUUUUAGUCACGGCCGCGGCUCCGUGCCCGUCGUGGGACGCGCUGCCGGCAGCGCCGAGGAGCGGCAGCUCCAGGCUGUCCCUGUCCUGUCCCGGGCGGCCGGGAAACUUUUCCCAGGACGCGAGGCAGGUGUCUCCAAGAUGAAUACUACAGCAAUGAGCCCACUCACUGUUACCCCACUAGGUUUUGUUCCAGACUUUAAAAAUGCCACCCUUGAGCCUUUUAAUGAUACUGCAUGUGAAAACUGGAAAGAGAUUCAUCAUCUUGUUUUCCACGUGGCAAAUAUUUGCUUUGCAGUUGGACUGGUUAUUCCAACUACUUUGAAUCUUCAUAUGAUUUUUCUGCGAGGCCUGCUCACCAUAGGAUGUGCAUUGUUCAUCAUUUGGGCUACACUCUAUCGUUGUGCAUUGGACAUAAUGAUCUGGAACUCUGUGUUUUUGGUUGUCAACCUUUUACAUUUCAUAUACCUAGUGUAUAAAAGACGACCGAUCAAGAUAGAGAAGGAACUUAGCAGCCUCUACAAGAGAAUGUUUGAACCUCUCCAUGUGCCUCCAGAGCUCUUCCAAAGGCUAACUGGACAAUUCUGCAACAUUCAGACUUUAAAGACAGGGCAAGCCUAUGCAGCAGAAGAUAAAACAUCGGUUGAUGAUAGGCUAAGCAUCCUGCUGAAGGGGAAAAUGAAGGUGUCUUAUCGAGGGCAUUUUCUGCAUAAUAUUUACCCCUGUGCCUUUAUAGAUUCUCCUGAAUUUCGAUCAACACAGAUGAACCGGGGUGAGAAAUUCCAGGUCACUAUUAUUGCAGACGAUAACUGCAAGUUCCUGUGCUGGUCCAGGGAAAGGCUGACUUAUUUUCUAGAGUCUGAGCCAUUUCUUUAUGAGAUCUUCAAGUACCUUAUUGGCAAAGAUAUUACAAAUAAACUCUAUUCAUUGAACGACCCAACCUUAAAUGACAAGGCUUCAAAAAAGAUUGAUCGACAGCCUAGUCUCUGCUCUCAGCUGUCUGUGAUGCAGAUGAGAAACAGUAUGGCCAGUACCAGUGACAGCGAGGAUGGCUUGCAGAUGUUUCUUCGUGGGACUUCCUCUGCAUCCUCUCUUCGCCCAGGCCGAACAUCUCCCUACCUGAGAACUUCAGCAAAGAUGAAGCCAAUAGAAGAAAGUGUGGAAGAUGAUGUUUUUGAAGCACCAUCUGCUGAUAAGUUUGAACUCCAGCGGCUGCCUUAAACAGAUGUAUCCUCAGGUGUAUCAGAGCUUGCACAAAGCUCUGGUGCAAAAGGAAGAAGUUGAAUUUGGGAGGAAUCUGAAAGCUAAACCCACUCUCCAUGUUUGAAUUUACCACAGCAUCUGCCAGUGGCUUCUAGAUGGAAAUGUCACAUUUUAUUUUACUUCUAAAUAAAAUAAAUAAAACUUGUAUGGCUUUUUGUUUUCUUGA